AUGACUCCGCUGACCAUAGCGUUCGAAUCUGAUAGCUACUUUCAAAACAACCCAUCAGCCUCACAGGCGAUGGUGUCUGCUCUGAACAAGAUAUUUGAUAGUUAUCGAGACACAGAUUCUCCUGCUGUUAACCCUGAUGGCAUCGGAAUUGAAGGCGCAAUGAAAUAUUUAGGUGACAUAAAAGUGCAACUGGACGAAGUUGUCUGCCUGGCGAUAUCGGAACUCCUGCGCUCACCAUCAAUGGGUGAAUUUACACGCGAAAGCUUCAUUGAUGGGUGGAAGGACUCAGGCUCGGAUACCCUUGCAAAGCAAGCAUCCUUUGCCUCGAAUCUGCGCAAACGCAUCCGCAACGAACCGGAUCUGUUUAAACGCGUAUAUCGCUAUGCAUUUAUUCUCUGCCGCCUGCCUGGUCAGCGCCAUCUCACCCUGGAAAUUGCAACUGAACAGUGGCGUCUAUUCUUCACAGCAGAUAACGGGGGCAUCUCGUGGAACACCUCAACCACACCAUGGCUGGACUGGUGGCUUGAGUUCGUCGAAGGCUCGUGGAAACGUCCCAUUAACAAGGAUCUCUGGGAGCAGACGGAGGUGUUGAUGCGAAAGACUCUAGAGGAUCCGAGUUUGAAAUGGUGGAGCCCGGAUGGGGCGUGGCCGGGUGCUGUGGAUGAUUUUAUAGUCUUUGCGAAGGGGAAAUUGGGACAAAACAGCUCCAGCGAGGCUAUGGAUGUUGAGUGA